CGCAGGGAGAGACGAAAGACGUUCCAUCAUGGACCAACAGGAAUUGGUGCCUGGCAGCCAACAGCCGGCGGGAACGGAGCCCGUACUCGUGUCAACUGCCCGCUCGUCGGUCUUGGCCAGCCGCGAUUGGUGGCGUCGCGUAGUCGCGUUCCAGAAAUAUUGGCGCGCCCAGCGUGCCACGGCACGCAGGGGGCGCGCGGCGCGUCCCACGCGGCGCCCAUGCGCGCGUCUCCGGAUAAGCCCACUCAGCCACUCCUCCGAUCCAACUCCCGGAUUGUCGCGAGCUUCUUGGACUCUCUCUCUCUCUCUCUCUCUCUCUCUCACGUCCGUCUGCAUUGGAGCGGAAGCCCGGAGGCGAAGUCGUUUGGGAGGGAGCCUCGAGGCGACGGACGGCCUGGCGAGUUGACAAGCAGCUAGCGAGCUCCCCUGAGAGGCCAAAAAUGUAUCAUCAGGGGUGAUGCUCUCCUGUAUCAUCUGCCUGGAUCAUAGAUGGAGGACUAUUUUUCACGCUUCCUAAACCUUGGGUGGCAGUUACGACAAUACUUGACAGAAUUAAUAGAAAAUUUGCUCGGAUGCAUUGAUUGGAUUCCUCAACAUCGUGGAGUUCAGUUAUCUGCUUGCCAUGGAAGAUCAUUGCCUGGCGCCACAGGAUAUAUUCAUGAAGGAACAUAUGUAUUAUCUGUUGGUAAUACUAAAGAAGAGCAGCCUGCAAAUGGAGUAUCUGAAGGCACGAUAAUCCAAAAAAGAUUUUCCAAUAUUUGUCAAAGAUCAUAUGGCAGGUCUUCCUAUCUUCUGCAUGGCUUUGGGUUGGUACAAAGAUUCACAUUCUGUGUCCGAGAUCUGUGGAGUCUCUUUUCCGGUGAGAUUCAUGCCAAACUAACCAGGAUCUUACAUCGUUUCUGGACAACACUACAGGGAUCUUGUGAAGAUAUAGGAUGGUUGCAAAGAACUAAAGCAUCUCUUUGUUCAGUUGAUGGCACAUGUCGCUUCAAGGAGCUUUUGCAUGAUGUCAGAAAUGGUGUGCAUUACCUUCCCGAUACACUGGUUUACUUAUUUAUUCCUGGGCUUUUUAGCAACCACAGUCCACUGUAUUUCGUCAAUACUAAAAGAUUCUUUUCGAAGAUGGGGCUUACAUGCCAUGUUGCAAAGAUUCAUAGCGAGGCAUCAGUGGAGAAAAACGCUUGGGAACUGAAACAAUACAUUGAAGAGCUCUACUGGGGAUCUGGUAAGCAGGUUUUACUCCUGGGUCAUAGCAAAGGUGGAGUUGAUGCUGCCGCAGCAAUUUCCUUGUACUGGUCCGAGCUCAAGGGCAAGGUUGCCGGUUUGGCAUUAGUUCAAAGCCCGUAUGGUGGCACACCGGUGGCCUCCGAUAUCCUUCGAGAAGGCCAGAUCGCUGAUAAGGAGACAAGGAGAAUCAUGGAACUCAUCGUAUGCAAACUAAUCAAGGGCGACAUGAGGGCCUUGGAGGACCUCACAUAUGACAAGAGAAAGGACUUCAUCUCCAAGCACAAGCUCCCCGUGGAUGAGCUGCCGAUCAUCUCCUUCCACACAGAAGCCAGCAUCGCGCCAACGGUGCUCGUGGCAUUAACCCGCGUCGCCCAGGCUGAGCUCCUCCCAUGGCUCCCCCUGCCACGGUUCUUAUCUGCAUUCGAGUUUGUCGAGUCAAUGCUUGCCCCCCUGAAGGUCCCCGUGGUCGCACCCGUGUCGGCGGCAAUGGCGGUCACCGCGCUCCACCUGCGGCUGCGGUACGGGGAGAGGAGCGAUGGGCUGGUGACACGGCGCGACGCCGAGGUGCCAGGGUCGGUGGUGGUAAGGCCGGAGAGGAGGCUGGACCACGCGUGGAUUGUGUACUCGACGCUGAGGAAGGGCAGUGCUGAGGGUGAUGCCAGCGAGAUGUGCGAGGCUCUGCUGGCCUUGCUUGUUGAGAUUGGCAGGAAGAAGAAAUUUUGCUGACCAACUUGUCAUCUGGAUGGUCAUGCAAAAAUGCUCCUGCCUGGAGUCUGCGUCCAAUGUUGAACUGGACC